AUGGGCGAGCAUAAUCUCCUUAAUCCAGGGUUUGUGGGACCUUUAGUAAACAUCCACACUGGAGACACGUUUUAUUUCCCGAAUUUUAGAGCCUCAGGGGGACAACUGGCGGGGCUACCGUCUCUCUCCUACCCGAGAAGGGACAAUGUGUGCUCCCUCCCGUGGAAUCCAUCGGAGCCGUGCAACGGAUACUCUCAAUCGUACUUUAGCAGCCCCGUUUCCAUUAAUCCUUCUUUCAAUCGGUCGUGCGAGAUCAGCAGGCCAGAAGACGGUAAAUGUUAUUACAGCAGCGGAAACAGGGAGACGUGUUCAGGUGGAGGCAGCCUGAAGCGGGAGGACAGGGCGAGAGACACAUCAUCAUCAUCCCUAACGUCAGAUCACGGCAUGCACGCCGGGGUCGGAGCCGCCGCCGCCUUUUCCAAGUAUGAUUAUGGCAGCGAGCAGCUAACGCAAGAUCCGCCGUCCUGUCAGUCUAUGGAGUCCGACUCCAGCUCGUCCCUGCUCAACGAGGGCAGCAAACCCACAUCCAGCGACACACAGACUCUGCUGUCACCGGCAAGCCAUCCGAGCAACAUAGCCGCAGGCGGAGGUGCCCCGUGGUACCCGAUGCACACUCGGACCAGAAAGAAGCGUAAACCGUAUUCCAAACUCCAGUUGGCCGAGCUGGAGGGUGAAUUCAUGCUGAAUGAAUUCAUCACCAGGCAGCGGCGGAGGGAGCUCUCUGAUCGUCUGAACCUCAGCGACCAACAAGUCAAGAUUUGGUUCCAAAACCGCAGAAUGAAGAAGAAGAGACUCAUGCUGAGGGAGCAAGCGUUGGCCUACUUUUAGAGAUGCGAAAGAAAGCGAAUUAUAAGCAGUUUAAAAAA